AACAUCGAUUUAUUUACAAUACCGGUGUCUUUGAGAAAGUUACUUAAUUUAAGCUCAGGAAUGCACCCUUGAAAUUAACGGAAAUAAAAAAAAACACGGUGUAUAAUGGCAUGUACUCGCUUUUUCACGUCGCGCGCGCAUCCCGAAAAUGAGGCGGGGAGGGAUUCAGCGUUAAAUUAAAAGUAUACUUACCUAAUUAAUAGAGUUAGAGUACCAAGAGAUAAGAUGUUUUAUUGGAAAUAUUUUUUAAUAUAAGGGAGGUAGCCAUACAAGAAAUCUAUAAAUACUAACACUAGGUUAUAGACCUUGAUUAUAAAUUUGUCACUAAAUACUAACCAAGCUAUGGAAAUUCUAAAUUAAAUUGAAAUUGAAAUGAUUUUUUUGCAAUUCGACAUGAGGUUUAAGCGGGUAUUUUAGGGAUGUCAAGUGUCGGCAACGCUUAAGUGGCUCCUCCGAUGUUGCUUAUGUCCAAGGCUCGGAACCGGUUUUUUCUUCAUACAAAAAAUACCGGUAUUAUUACGUUCUUUUUCGUUCUUUGGUUAAUUUUUUCAUUUUUACUGAGACUAUCUAAUAAUGCGAAGUUGUUACCUAAAUACAUCAUCCAGUGCUACGUAAAGAGUAUAAAAUAAUAAAAAAUAUUGGGCUAUUUCGGGAUUUAAAAAUAAACCGGUUCCGAGCCCUGCUUAUGUCCAUAGGCGACGGUGACCGCUUUCCAUCAGGCGGCUCGCUGCUCAUUCGCUAUCACCUAAAAAAUCAGUGGCACUCCGGGAGUGCCGACAGAAGUGGAAACAAAUCAGAAAAGCCACUGCCCAUCAGAGCGGCGACCUCAUUCUUUUUCUUUUCUCUGUAUCGCUUACAUUUUUCUCUGUUUUUUCGAUUUCUUUCUUCUUCUACUUUGCCAUCAUCAGAUGAGUCAUUAAUGUCUUUUUCUUUUUCGUUCUUCAUGAGAAUCAUCCGUAUUUUUUCCAUCAUUGAGUGAAACCUAAAACUAAAAGUAUAGAUUAUUUGACAGUUGUAUUUUUGGAAGUUUUUUCAUUUUACUAUAAUAAGCGAAUUCAAUGGUUUUUUCACAUCUCAAAAAAAUUCUAACGCGCCUGAAGAAGUUUCCACUUCAAAUAUAUUUUUUGUAUACCUACCUAGUACACAAAAUUACAAACAUCAAUCUUGGAAUAGUUAAAAAGAAACCUCAUAGUAACAAAUUGUAAAAACUGUCCAAGCGUGAGUGGAACCUGAGGAAAAAAAAAUGACAGUACAGCUAGAUGCAAUCGACAAAUCCUUCCACUGUACGUUCAUCUUUAUAGAGCACUAGGAUUUCGUGUUUUAUAGUUUGGACAUUGCUUCCUAUACUCAAAUUCAAGCUAGAAAUUGCUGCAAUAGCACAUAACUAGAAAAAUCGUUCAAAUCAUAAAUUUACAUAAGACUUUUUAAUUUAUUUGACAUUUACCAGACGGACCAGAUAAAAAAAACGAUUCGCCUCGACUCUUUCAAGUUCUAAAAAAUGUGCAUAAAGAAAAAUUACAAUAGAAUUAUAUUAUAGGGUGGUAAUUUAUGGAAUAUAAAAUAUAAGCUCUUAAAAUCAAUUCUUGGUCCUAAUUUUAAUUUUAAAAUGAAGGUUCGCAAGUGUUUUUCAAGUAUUAUUAAGUAUUUUUCAAUUUUUAUGUUAUGCUCUGCUCUUUCGUAUUUGAAUCGAUUGUUUGUGGAUGUAGGGAUGCUAAUAACCCCUGAAAGUAUGAGGCAACACCAGAAAAGUGUUGAAAAGUACUACGAGAGUCGAAAGGACUGGAUGACAUCUAAUCUAGGAGCAUACAUGUUUAAAUAUUCGAACGCACAUCCGCCAUCUUAUGAAGUCGUAAACCACCCGGAACGCGGAUAUUUUACCGUUUUGAUCUGGAAACAAUGGCCGUCACUCAAGGAACGACAUGUGGGGGGUUUUGGUAAACACAGCGUCCACCCGCUGUUCGGCUGCAGCGUCACAAAUUGCAAGUUUUUCGAAGACGAUGACACUUUGCUUUCUUCCACGGACGCCGUUGUUGUGCAUCUACAUAAAGGCGAAUUACCGGAUUCCACGAAACGCAGGCCGUACCAACGCUGGAUAUUUUGGACGGACGAAUCUCCGGUUAACAUAUACGCUGGCGUCCCACUACGGAAUAAACCCAGUUAUUCGCGAUUGGCUAAUAUGUUUAAUUGGUCAAUGUCAUACAGAUCAGACUCCGACGUCCCAGUCCCAUACGGCCGAACACUACCUCUUCUUUACCCGAAACUAAACGACGUAACUGACGAAGAGUUGAAAGAACUCGUCCCAAAUUGGGAACGUAAACAGACGGACGUUUUGGCGGCAAUUAUCAUGUCGCACUGUGUCGAGUUUCGGACGAGAUUUGUGAUGCGGCUACAGAGGUUUUUAAGCGUGGAUAUGUUUGGGAAAUGCGCGCCUGUUAAGAAUCAUACGAAUAAGUGCCCCGGUCACUUCAAAGAAGACUGUCCAGUAAUAGCCGAAUACUUAUUCUAUGUAGUGAUAGAAAACUCCAAAUGUCGCCAGUAUAUAUCAGAAAAGAUUUUCCACCACGCAUACUCAAAAGGCGCCAUACCCAUCAUCAUGGGAACACCUUUAGAAGACUGUAAAAAGCUUUUGCCGCCUAAUUCUUUCAUACAUAUGGAUAAUUUUGCCUCUAUAAAGCAUUUGGCUAGAGAAAUAUAUACUAUAAGUGAUAAUAUAACCAAAUUAUUGUCUUAUCACGCGUGGCGAGUUAAUUUUGAGAUUGUGGAAGAGCAUGGUUUCCUUGGUACGAGGUCGUUGGCUUUGUGUAGAAUUUGUGAGGCCUUAAAUUAUAAUAGUAAUGCUAGGAAGGUUUAUGGUGUAGAGGAUAUUAUGUUAUAUUUAAAUCCAGCUGUAUGUUGUGUCAGGAAUCCUUAGUGGAGAUCAUAGUUUAAUGCAGUGUUGUCAUGUGCGCGGAAGAGAAUUAUCGUAUUUAUCGUACCGCUGAAAAAAUUAUCGAACAUCUAUCAAAAAGAAAGUACUCCAAAUAUUGCUCACAAAUUAAGCUUAAAUUUCCAAUAAAUAAUAAAGAAAAACACUACAUUCGUCUAAAUAAGUUUUAUAUUUGUGUAUUUUUGUGGCACAUCCGAAGAAAAUUUCGACAAGUUUGACAUACACCAAGUAACCGAUUACCAAAAAGGUGAUAAUUUUAGCCUGUUUCUGAGGAAAGUGUGUGAUUUUGCUUCAAAUACUAGACUUUUUGGGUGGCACAAUGCCAAGGGCUAAAAUUAUCGUACUUUUGAUUGCUUUUUGGAACGUACAUCGGAGCGGAGUCCCAAUUAUCGUACAUAUACGAUAAUAAUCGUACGCCUGGUAAUACUGGUUUUGUCUGUGGAAUGUAGAGAGAGGGCAAGAGUAUUCUCUCCAGACGGUUGUUGUGCCUGGGGACCGAAGUCUGAAAAGUUGGUUAGGAGUUGUAUAUAAUUUAGUAGGUAUUGGGUGUUGUGAUUUUAAUCUAUGCUCGAGCUCUGACAUACGCCACGGAGCCUGUGUGCUAACAUAUCUUUAUUCGGAAAUCGCGAAGCGUCUGGUUGACGUAACUGGUGACCGAAGAGCUGGCGGUUUCCUCGCACAACGCAUCAGGAUUGCAAUACAGGAGGAAAUGCCGUCAGCAUCCUUGGUACAAUGUCUCAAGGGCCUAUUUUAGAUUUAAGCUAGCUAUAAUCCUCUUAUAUAUAUUGUUAUUGUAAAUAAAAAUCUUUAUUUAUUAAUAAUACGUAAUAUACCUACAUACAAUUGGUGCAUAAAGAAAAGUAUAUUAGAUAAAUAAAAAAAGCAAACAAUACUUACCUACUUGUAUUUAUAAACUAUAUAUACCUACAUAAAUAAGUAUUUAUUCCGUACCAUUGUUUAUGUAACCUUUUAGGCUAUUUGGUAUAUAAUUUCGCGCAUCAAGGGUGACUCACGCUAGAACGACCCGGGUCGAGGCAACCGACACUUCAUUUUCUGAGACAGAUAACCGUUGAUCAUAUGAUGCUUUCUAUAGAAAACGAAUGCUAAAUACCCCGGCCCGGGCCGUUCUAACAUGAACCAUUCUUUAUGGGAUUUUUUUAUUUGGUUGACUUGAACUCACGGCCUCUGGAUCGAUACUCCAGCGCUCUGCCAUCUGAGCUAUCAGCAAGACCUCAUCUACGGCC